CAUGAGGUGAGUACAGGCGGUAGGCAUUUAUGUUUUGUGGCGUCGUGUGUUUGGUGUAUUAUUUUCUUUUAAUUUGACGUUUUCGUUGUUUUUCAGUUUGGAGAUGUUAUAGUUUAGAGGUUUUUUGAAGUAUAAUAGUAACUUAAUAAACAGUUAAUGAAUUUCGGUCGAAAUCACGUUUACCUCAGCACGCACAGGUGAUCAAGAAUAGUAUACUAGCGCCAUCUUACGUCAUGAGUACGUAACACGUAGUUCAAUAAUAAAACGUUCGUUGUUAUCUGUAUGACAUAAAAAAAAGAAAGAAAAAGAAGAGGAAAACUCGUUUCUUAUGCUUGUUAAAAAGUCUUUUAAAGUGUCUUUUAUAAAGGGCUUAUCUUUGGAGUUUUCGAUUAAAAAGCAGAUCUCUGGCUGAUUUGCAUACGUGACAAAUCUCAGGUACGUAAUUGUUGUCCCAUUCAUAAAAGCUUUAGCACUACAUGAAUACUACAGCGAAUACAUAUUACAUAAAAAUAAGAAAAGUAUGAGCAUUAUUUUAUAUGAGUAUAUUUAUUUGUUUAUUUUAUGAACUGUUAGUUCGUUUGUUUGUUUUGUUUGCGGUUGGAGCAAGUGUCGUAUUUUAAAUUUAUUUAGUUUUAAUGUGUUUUAAUAUUUUUUUUCUAAACAGACAUUUAUUUUGAAGUUCAGCUUUGCCAAAAAUAUCAACGUCGCUGUCUUCACACUUUCACUACUAUCAAGGAAGACGUAUAAAAACAAUAACGUGUGUUCAUUCAUUUGAUAGCAAAGCAUUUUAUUAUCAUGCAGCCUUAAAAGUGCCAAACUAGGGAACGUCAUGUUGCGUAGCCUACUACAAAAUGCAAAUCUCCACCUGCUGUUGGAUGCCCUAUGACCGCCUGAUUAUGUAAAUAAUGAUCUAUUGUAUGGACUACAAAGGUCAGGUUUUACAGGUUUCUAAGCACGGGUUGGCUACAUAAAGGAGCGUCUUGGUGCAUAGUGCACUACCCUCUCAUCACCUGUGCUCUUACAGCUCCAUUUCAGCUUUUCUCUCUAAAAACCUCAACAAAGCAGCAAAAAUGAGUGAUUGCUCUGGACCAGAAGAUGCUAAAGUUGUGAUUAUAGGUUCAGGAUUUGCAGGGUUGGCCGCUGCAGCUACAUUGGUGAAGGCAGGAUUUAAAAAUGUCCUGGUUCUUGAGGCGAAGGAAAGAAUUGGUGGUCGAGUGAACACCACUAAACCCUUCACCGAGAACAUCAUUGAAGUUGGAGCGAAUUGGAUCCACGGACAGAAAGGAAACCCCCUGUACAAGAUUGCAAAAGAGCAGAACCUGCUAUCCGAGGGAGCUUGUGCAUCCAGAAACAUGUGCCUGCCCCGUUCUGUAUCCUCUCGAGAUUACUUUUUCAAAGAAGAUGGGAAGCCGGUCCCCAAAAAGAUCGUAGAUCAGGUGAGUUCGCUCUUCAGCAAGCUCACCGACAAAGCUUUUGAUGAUGAACUUGCUCCAAAGCACAGGGAUCUAACUCUGGGUGCUUAUCUGGAUGAUGCAUUUGGUGAAUCUCCUCUAGCGGCGACAGAAGACGGCCAGCAAGUUUUUGAAUGGUGCAAGAGGACUGAAUGCACAGAUGAGGCUUGCUCAAGCCUCUACGAGGUGUCUGCAUCUCAGAUUAGCAAUUACACUGCUUUAGAGGGGGGGUUUUUUAACACUUUGGGACCUGGUGGCUAUCGAGCCAUCUUAGAUGUUCUCCUGAAAGAUGUCCCUUCAGAAACCAUCAAGUGUAAUGCACCUGUCAAGAGCAUCCGAUGGGACUUGGUCAAGGAAGGCAACUGUGAAGACGAAAGGUGUCCGGUUCAGAUCGUUUGUGAAAAUGGACAGAGCUUUGAGGCAGACCAUGUGAUUGUCACCGUUUCUCUGGGGGUUCUCAAAGAGAAAGGUGCAACCAUGUUCGAACCGGCCUUGCCGGCAAAUAAGCUGUCUGCCAUUAAGAAUCUCGGCUUUGGGAUAGUUGAUAAAAUUUUCCUGUUUUUUGAGAAGCGCUUCUGGCCAGAAGACUGUGAAGGCAUUCAGAUGGUGUGGAAAGAGGGACCUGAAGAUAAAGAUGUUUACGAUUCUCUGUCCGAAGGAGAUGCCUGGAAGACCACGUGGUUCAAGAAGAUCACCGGUUUUGAUACAGUGGCCCGUCAUCCUACGGCUCUGUGUGGCUGGAUCACAGGUAGAGAAGCACUGUAUAUGGAGAAACUUCAGGACAGUGAAAUCGGAGAUACCUGUUUGAGGUUGCUCAGGUCUUUCACAGGCUGGUCAGUGCCGGCGGUCUCAAAGAUGCUGAUCUCCAGAUGGGGUUCUGAUUCUCAAGUCCGUGGCUCCUACACAUUUGUUCCUGAUGGUGUUGAUGGAGUGGCAGCACACAAGGCAUUAGCGUCACCUCUUCCACCUAAAGAUAAAUCCAGAGGAAAGAGGCACCUCCAGGUGUUGUUUGCUGGUGAGGCUACGCAUGUGAACUUCUACACUACGACCCAUGGAGCGUAUCUCACAGGGGUCAGAGAAGCAGAACGACUCAUAAGCUUUUACGCCGAUUGAGCACAAGAGAGGAAAAUAUAUACUUUGGUAUCGUAAAGAUAGCAUUUUACGAAUGUGUAACAUUUUAUAGACAUCCUCUCACACCCUACAAACUUAUUUAAACGAUCCAUAGGUAGUUUACAGCUGCUCGAGUGUUUACAUCCAAUCGGUCACGAUACCAUGCAUAUCUCUGUCCUGUUAAUUGUUAAACUCUCUGUGUAGUACGUGUAGUACUGAUGGAGAUACAUUCUUUCUCAAUCUCCAAGCUAUGUCCAAUAAUAUUUUCUAAAAAAAUGGAAAAUGAUUGCAUUUAUUGAAGUAGAUUAAUUAAAUGAAGUAAAUAGGUGUGGUUCUUAAUCCGCAGUAUGCAUACAAUGCUCUCAGGGAUUAUUCAGUUUGCCUUGUGACAAUUUAAUAAUAAUCAACAUAAAAUAUAAAGCACUUUUGAUUUUGUUUACAACUGUUUGCAAUGACACGGUGCCUUGAUUUAAAUGAGUGGUUAAUUAAUCUGGGAAUAUCUAUAUUUGAUCAUUUAAAUGAAUAAACUAC